UUACUCUUAUAAAUCAUUCUAUCGACCAAACAAAAUAAUUAAUAUACCUACUUCAAAAAAUUAUAUACAUACCUCACAAUUAUUUUCCUUCGAGAAAAACGACAACGAGUACCUGAAGAUAAUUCUUUUUUAUUGUUCUUAUUUAUUAAACAUAAAAUUAAAAAAAAUGUCAAGUUCUUUGCCAAUAAGCGUAGAAGAUUUAAAUAAUCUUCAAGAAGAGUGCCUCGGUCGUCUACAGAGUGAUGAACUACAUCAUUUGCGAAAUGAUGCAAAGCUGCGAGCGGUUUGUACGAGCAAAUCGUACGAUGAAUUCAAAGACAUUGUGGAUGCAGCUCAUUUAACUCCCAUCACACGUAAAGAUAAGUCUGAUGCCACAACCCGAUCCAGGCUUUGGAAUUCAGCUGCAAAAGAGACUUAAGAAGUGUUAUUUGAGUAUUUUGUGUGUUGUAAAAGAAAAACACAUGCAAAAUUAUAAAAAAAUUGAAAUACGAAUAAAAAUGAAAAUA